UCACACAAAACUAAUUCGGGAAAUGAAUAGGUUACUGAGCGCAGUCCAGUGAGGACAGAACCAUGGAAACUGGAGACGGUUCCUGGUUCCAGCCAAUCAGAGCGUUCCAGUGCGCACCUCGCGCUCUUCACUGCAUCACACGAGCAGAACAAGUUCAUUCUGCACGCUCUCAUUUCAUUCAGGCCCGUUGCUGAGGUCACAGCAGACGUGGGACAUCGCAAUGUCAAAGUCAGAUCCCCCUCCAAGCUAUGAAGAGUCAAGACAGCAGCAUGGAAACUAUCCAUACCCUCCCUAUGCAUAUCCAGUCCAUCCAGGGGUGUAUACGGGCUCGGGACAGCCUGGCAUACACCCUCAGGCAGGGCAUUGGCAGGGCCCUGGAUACUGCCCUUCAGCAAUGCCCUCCUUUAUACCACCAGGGAUAUUUCCCUCCAACCUUAGAGAUGCAGAGGGCAUUUCUUCAACUGGCGUAUGGGACAGCAUGAGUGUUCGACAUGCCUUCAUUAGAAAGGUUUACCUUAUUUUAGCCGUCCAGCUGUUAAUCACUACUUCAAUCAUUGCGGUGUUUACGUUAGUUGAGCCCGUGCGUCUUUUUGUGGUCCAAAAUCCUGCCGUUUAUUGGGCAUCGUUCCCGGUUUAUCUUGUUACUUACCUUAUGCUGGUUUGCUGUGAGGGGCCGAGGAGGCGUCAUCCAUGGAAUUUAAUACUUCUUUUCAUUUUUACCCUUACGUUGUCUUACAUGACAGGAACAAUAUCAAGUUAUUUUGACACCAAAGCAGUGUUCCUGGCCCUGGGGAUCACGGCAAUAGUGUGUAUAAUCGUCACAAUCUUCUGUUUUCAGACCAAGGUUGACUUCACCUCCUGCACAGGUCUGCUCUGUGCUCUUUGUGUUGUUCUUCUGGUGACUGGCAUCAUCACAUCCAUUGUACUCUCCUUUCAGUAUGUGCCGUGGCUGCAAAUGCUGUAUGGCGCUUGUGGAGCAAUAGUCUUUACCUUGUUUUUGGCUUACCACACUCAGCUGCUCAUUGGAAACCGAGCGAACAGCAUCAGCCCUGAGGAAUAUGUCUUCGGAGCUCUUUCCCUCUAUGUUGAUAUCGUCCAGAUCUUUAUCUUCCUCCUGCACAUCACAGGAAGCUCUUCCGAGUAAACAGAUUAAUGCGUUUGAGCGUUUCCGAUCUUUCUUUGAGCUUAUCAUGACUUUUUCAAUCACAUGGGUCUCAAAUAUUACCUUCAACACUACUGACUCUUAUUAAAAUGAUUUUGUUGUGUCGUUUUACAUGUUGUUCCACAGAGGUUGCUCAUACUUUUACCAAAUUGAUUGUCAUUUUAUUUACAAUGAAUGAGCACUUUAUUUUUGUAACAUUCCACCUGUUCAUUUGCAUUUUGAAGAGUCUACUGUAAAAACCUGAGUGUGUACUAAAACAGUGAUUUGAUAUAUAGCCUAUAACCUAAAGGGAAAUAAAACGAAGAAAAACGA